AUGACACCGCCACCCACCCUCACAACAGACUUCCUCCGCCUGACCCAGAGCCCGGCGCCCUCCCUCGAUGCUACAGCCAAGUCAAAACGGCACCCGAGCCUCUACGCCAUCACGCCCCUCGUCGAAGCCAUGCCCAGAGACGACCCGUUCGAGAAGCAGGUGGUGACCGGCGACCCGCUGAGUGGGCGGAAGGUCGCGAGUCGGGUGUCGACGACGAAUGAAUGGGAUGCCUCCAAGACCCCACCGUCGCAAUUCCAGAAGCUCAAAGGCAGUAUCUACGCUACGCAAGGAAGUCGGGACGGACACGUGGACAGGAACACAGACAGAGAUGCCAAGUACCAUGCCACGCUGGUGGAGAAGGGGUGGGCGAAGAUGACGGGGAGUAGGAGAAGGAGUCUAGCUGAUAAGGGAGAGAAGGGCGGGGAGAGAAAAGUGGACGGCAUGGAGAAAGAUGUGAGGGACGGGAAGACAGAAGGGGAGAAGUGA